AUGGCUGGAAGUGGAAAGUUGGAGGAAUCUCAGCAGGCCGCGAGGGCUGCUGUAAAAAAAGUGCAUUAUCCUUUUUGGUUUGGUGGUUCUGCAUCAUGCUUUGCUGCAAUGGUCACGCAUCCUUUGGAUCUUGGAGCGCCUACGUCGAUGAUUGGAACAUUUGGUCAUAUUCUCAAGCAUAGUGGAGUCCUGGGGUUGUACAGUGGGCUGUCUGCGGCCAUCCUCCGCCAAAUAACCUACUCUACCACCCGCUUUGGAAUCUAUGAAGAGCUCAAAUCCCGCUUCACCUCGUCCUCGUCACCACCCGGACUUCCCACCCUCGUUGGAAUCGCCUGCGCCUCAGGCUUCAUUGGCGGCUUUGCAGGAAACCCGGCCGACGUCCUAAACGUGCGCAUGCAGCACGAUGCGGCACUCCCCCCGGCCCAACGGCGCAACUACAAGCAUGCACUCCACGGGUUGAUACAGAUGACUCGCACCGAGGGCGCGGCAAGUCUCUUCCGCGGCGUGUGGCCUAAUUCAACCCGUGCCGUCUUGAUGACAGCCUCGCAACUUGCCUCGUACGAUACCUUCAAGCGUCUCUGUCUCGAGAAGCUGGGAAUGUCGGACAACCUCGUCACGCAUUUCACCGCGUCCCUGAUGGCCGGAUUCGUGGCCACAACCGUCUGCAGUCCCGUCGAUGUCAUCAAAACCCGCGUGAUGACCGCAUCACCGGCGCAGACCCAGGGCCACACUCUCCUGGGCUUGUUGCGUGAUAUCUACCGCAAGGAGGGUUUCGCGUGGGCCUUCCGCGGCUGGGUGCCUAGCUUUGUCCGGCUGGGUCCUCAUACCAUUGCUACCUUUGUCUUCUUGGAAGAACAUAAGAAGCUCUACCGAGUGUUGAAAGGAAUUUCGGGGGAUAACACCAUCAAAGUAUAG